UCGGUGGCCGGGUCUAACAAGAGCUGCGAGAUGGCUGGGAUUAUGUCUGCUGUCCCUUUGCUCUUCGAUCGGAAGGUGGUACUGGUGACAGGGGCCGGAGGAGGUUUGGGAAGAGCAUAUGCAUUACUGUUUGCAGAACGAGGAGCUUCUGUCGUUGUAAAUGACCUUGGUGGUGACAUCAAAGGAGGAGGCAAAAGUUCAUCUGCUGCAGAUAGAGUGGUGGAAGAGAUAAGGGCAAAAGGAGGCAAUGCUGUGGCCAGCUAUGAUUCUGUUGAAGAAGGAGAAAAGAUUGUCCAGACUGCUUUAGAUGCCUAUGGAAAGAUAGAUAUUAUUGUUAACAAUGCUGGGAUUUUAAGAGACCGUUCUUUUGCAAGGAUAAGUGAUUUGGAUUGGGAUUUAAUUCAGAGAGUUCAUUUGAGGGGCUCAUUCAAAGUCACGAGAGCAGCAUGGAACCACAUGAAGAAUCAAAAGUAUGGCAGAAUUAUUAUGACUGCAUCUACUUCUGGAAUAUAUGGCAACUUUGGGCAAGCAAAUUACAGUGCUGCAAAACUUGGACUACUGGGACUUGCAAAUACUUUAGCUAUUGAAGGUCGGAAAUACAACAUCCAAUGUAAUACUAUUGCUCCGACAGCUGGUUCCAGAUUGACCCAAACUAUUUUGCCUCAAGAUAUACUGGAUGCUUUUAAACCUGAGUUUGUAGCACCUUUGGUGGUUUGGUUAUGCCAUGAAAGUUGCCAAGAGAAUGGCAGCUUAUUUGAGGUGGGAGCUGGGUGGAUUGGCAAAUUGCGUUGGGAGCGAACACUGGGCGCUAUUGUAAGACAGAAGAAUCAACAAAUGACACCCGAAGCAGUGCGUGACAACUGGGAACAGAUCUGUGACUUUGAUAAUGCAAUUAAACCCAAAAGUUACCAAGAUACAUUUUAUGAGGUACUGAACAAGCUGGGCACUAACCAGGAAAUCUCCACAAAUCCAACCAGUGGCCCAGUGCAAACUAGCACUUCAAACGUCAAUCCAUUUUUUUUAAUGCAGGUUGAAGCUAUAGGUAAAAAAAUGCCUUCGAUUGUAUAUACCUAUACCCAUCUGCAGCCUAUUCUCUAUGCUCUUGGAGUUGGCAUGACCACAAAGGAUCCAGAUCACUUGAAGUUUCUUUUUGAAAGAAAUGAAGAGUUCUCUUGUUUGCCUACUUUUGGGGUAAUUCCUGCCCAAAGUGGCAUGUUUGAUCUUGCAUCUGUUCCUGGACUGAUCAUCGACUUCACAAAGGUGUUACAUGGGGAACAAUAUCUGGAACUGUACAAACCGCUGCCAACUUCAGGGACACUGAAGUCGGAGUGUACCAUUGCAGAUAUUCUUGAUAAAGGAUCUGGUGCUGUUAUACUUGUAGAUAUUCAUACUUACAAUGGGGGAGACUUGGUCUGCUAUAACCAGUUCUCUUUAUUUGCUGUUGGAGCUGGAGGCUUUGGUGGAAAAAGGAUGUCUGAUAAAGUUAAGGUUAUUGUGCAUCCUCCUAAUAGACCACCCGAUGCUGUGAUGAGUGAUGUAACUAGUAUAAACCAGGCUGCUUUAUAUCGACUGAAUGGAGACUGGAACCCUUUGCACAUUGAUCCAAGUUUUGCAGCUGUUGGAGGGUUCAGACAGCCUAUUCUGCAUGGAUUGUGUUCCAUGGGGUUUGCUGCACGGCAUGUCUUAAAGCAGUAUGCAAAUAACGAUGUGACAAAAUUCAAAGCGAUCAAGGUUCGUUUUGCGAAGCCAGUCAUUCCUGGGCAAACGUUAGAAACAGAAAUGUGGAAAGAAGGAAACCGCAUCCAUCUUCAGACAAAGGUAAAAGAAAACAAUGAAGUUGUGCUUACAGGAGCAUAUGUCGAUCUGGAGGACACUGUAUACAAGCCCAGAGAUAAUGGUACUGACAUGCAGAGAGAAGAGCUGCAAAGUGAUGUUGUGUUUACAGAAAUAAGUCGCCGCAUUAAAGAUGUUGGCAGAGAAAUGGUAAAAAAAGUGAAUGCAAUCUUCCAAUGGGAUAUCACUAAAGAGGGGAGGACAGCAGCACAGUGGACUAUUGAUCUUAAGAAUGGUUCUGGAGAAUUGUACCAGGGAGCGGCACGGCAUCAGGCUGACACUACCUUCACAUUAUCAGAUGAAGAUUUCAUGCAAAUUGUAUCAGGAAAGCUUAAUCCUCAAAAGGCUUUCUUUUCAGGCAAGCUGAAUAUUAAAGGGAACAUUAUGCACAGCCAGAAGCUUGAAGUGAUCCUUAAAGAUUAUGCAAAGCUAUAAGAAAAUCAUGACUUUUGAGAAUAUGAAUCUGUCUCUCAGAAGCACCCAAAGGCUUUUGAACAAUGUUCAGUAAUAAAACUCCUCAAAUGAUAUUAUGUUCUCUUUUUUUUUCGUGAAUUGCUAUCAGUAAAAUCAACUGGCUUUGUUUCAAAUGGUAAAUUUGCCCAAAUUACUCAUUGGCUAACAGUUUUCUGCUUUCAUUUCUGUUUGCUUUGUCAUGAAGAAUUUCAGAUUAUAGCAGGGUGGUGUUUAUUUUUAAAUCACAGGAGAUGAGCUGUCCAUUCUUUCUGUACUCUGUGUAAUGGCCUUGAUUCUUAAUGUUUGUAUUAUUUACAAUGUUCAGAACAAAAACUAAUCAGUUCUCUGUAUUUCAUUUCUUUGUGAAAUGUCGCUAAUUUUGAGGAAUAUAAACUUGGGAGAACAUCCAUUUAUGUUUUGGCUUCAGGCGAAUGCUGGAUUUAAAAAAAAAUUCAGAGGAAGCAGUUUUUGGUUGAACAGCUCUAUUUAUACUCUGGGACAUUUUCUUAAUUUGGAAAGAUAACUUGCUGCUACUGGCAUGUCUUCCUCCUUUUGUUUCACUUUAGCAGCUUUAAUUCUGAAUAAACUGUCAUUUAAAAUAUAUGAAAGAAACUGUGGAUGAUGUUGCAUAUGUGCAUUUUUUCCAAAAAAAAAAGCCCAAUUUUUAUAUUUUAAUGUGGUGGAAAUGUAAUAUGAGUAGGCGGUUUUGUGUUUCACCGGUGUGAAUGCACAAAUUGAAGUCUCUCUCUAUUUGGAUCAUUUGGAAGAAACUAAGUAUGCCAAGCAGUCUAAAUAAAGGACACACUGAGGACCAA